UCCCGUCCUAUCGCCGCGCUCCCGCGCUAGCACCGGGACUCCCCAGCCGCUCUCCCUGCUCCUGCCCCGCUGCCGGCAUGAAAGUCACGUCCCUUGACUGCCGGCAGCUGAGGAAGCUCCUGCGGAAGGAGCCCUCCCGCUGCCUGGUGCUGGACUGCCGGCCCUACCUGUCUUACUCGGCCUCCUGCCUCCGCGGCUCUCUCAACGUCAACCUCAACUCCGUGGUGAUGCGGCGGGCCCGCGGCGGGGCCGUGCCGCUCCACUUUGUGGUGCCCGACGAGACGGCCCGGUCCCGGCUGCUGCUGGGCGGUGAAGGGGCGGCCGGGACCGCUCGGCUGGCGGCCGUGGUGGUGCUGGACCAGGGCACGGGGCACUGGCAGAAGCUGAAAAAGGACAGCACGGCACAGAUCGUCCUCAAUGCCCUGCUCUCCAGCCUGCCCGAGGCUGGGGCCAGGGUCUGCUUCCUGAAAGGGGGUUAUGAAACCUUUAACUCGCAAUAUCCUGAGUGCUGUGUGGAUGGAAAACUCAUUUCCCUGGAGAGGACUGAGGCAGAGAGAAACCUUGCCAGCCACUGUGAGAAGCAGAGCACCAACCACAAACCUGCUUAUGACCAGGGUGGUCCAGUUGAAAUCCUGCCUUUUCUCUACCUUGGUAGUGCCUAUCACGCUUCCAAGUGCGAGUUUCUCGCCAACCUGCACAUCACGGCCCUGCUCAACGUCUCCAGGAAAAGCUCAGAGUCCUUCAAAGACCAGUACUGCUACAAAUGGAUCCCAGUGGAGGACAGUCACACAGCAGACAUCAGCUCACACUUCCAGGAAGCCAUUGAUUUCAUUGAUCAUGUCAGACGAAUGGGGGGCAAGAUCCUGGUGCACUGCGAAGCGGGGAUUUCACGCUCUCCCACCAUCUGCAUGGCGUAUCUCAUGAAGACAAAGAAGCUCCGUUUGGAGGAAGCCUUCGAUUACAUCAAGCAGCGCCGGAGCCUGAUCUCGCCAAACUUUGGUUUCAUGGGCCAGUUGCUACAGUAUGAGUCAGAGAUCUUGUCUUCCACCCCCAGCCCCCCCAUCGCCUCAUGCAAAAGAGAAGCUGCGUCUUUCUUUGCGGAAGAACUGACCUUAGGCAAAGACUUUGAAGGCUCCUGUUUUGCCUUUCCUACCUCAGUGUUGAGUUCUGUGCCCAUCCACUCUCCUGUCCACCAGCUGAAACUCAGCCCGAUGACAGCAUCUUCAUCCUGCUGAAAAACCCUGGGAGACCAGAGCUGGUGUGGUUCUCUGAUCCGAACUGUGACCCCCAACAAGAACAUUUCAUGAACGUGCAAUAGAGAAACCCCCUCGACUUGGUCCAAGAUGGAGUGGUUGUCAUGGGUCAUACUUCCCGUGUGCUGUGACUGUGAGACACAAGUGUGGCAGGUUCUCUGAACUUUUAUGGUCCUUUUUUAAAUCAAGAAAGUGCUUUUUUAGGUUUUUAUCCAGAGUGUGCACCCACUACUGUAUUCCCAGAUUCCUCGGGAGCAAUGAGAAACCCAUUUAGUAUGUUCUCAGUUCCCACCUCCUUCCCUUCUUGUUUCUUAAAAGACCCUUAUUAAACAUUUCAAGCAAUAAACAGCAGCAGCAGGAAGGAAAGCAAAGUGAAAAGCAUGACCUUUGCAUCCGCAGGGGUGGUGGGAGUGAAUAUUUGUUCUGCUUUACCUCCCGCUUUCCUCCUCCCCUCUCCUGUGUCAUGUUUCAGGGAGCAAAGGGCUGGGGUGGUGAGAGGGAGCUGCUUUCCCAGGACAGGGUUGCACAGCCAGGUGAAAAUCCCGUCCUGCUCCAGCCUCUGAAGUGUCAGGUAUUGACCAUAGUGUAACUGGAUACCAAACUAGACCAUGGAUCCAUUCAGGUGUUGCAUUUCCUGUACUUCUGCAUUUGCCUUUGUACUGGAUGUGCUUUUAACUAAGGCAGGGGACUUAACAGAAGCUAUCAGGCUACCCUGCUGAGCUAUUAUCCUCCCAUCUGUUAUUUAAGAACAGCCCUAGAAUACUUGAAUGUCUCAAAUCCUCUGUUCCAGUUAACUUCCCAUCAGAUAACACUGUAACUGCUGGAUUUUACACCAAAAAAACCUGACAAGCUCCAAGCCAACUCUUUCUCCAUCCGUUCCCAUGUGUUCCUAACUUGUAUUGUGUGUGGUCAAGUGGUCUUGUUCAGUGUUAUGUGGCUUUUUAGUGUGCGUGUGUGUGGUCACCUUCUAGCCAGCCUUUGUCUGUGAAAACCGGUUUCUCUCUCUUUGGCUUCUGCAUCUGCAGGGAGUUCACAAUGAGCGUCUCUCUUUGUCUGUUGACCUUUUUAUUUUUUGUAAUAUGUAAUUGUAUGGGAAAUGGCAAUAAUUUCCAGGAGAUCUCGUGAAUGUGAAAGAAAACCUGCAAUGGGUUUUUAUGGAGUGUAAAGACUAAUAAAGGAAAAAAAAAGCCAGGAAAAGAAA